GCCGCCUGCCGCACAAGUCGAAGCCAAGACCAUCACUCUGCACUCUAGUGGCAAAACAAAAAUGUCCAAGGAGGACGACAAGCUCAAGCUGCUGCAACCCGAAGCCAGCAAAAACGACGACGGUGUGCCCGAGGUCUACCGCUCGCUCAACUUCCGCAGCCUGCAAGACCCGUACUCGCACAACAACGACACUAUGGCGAGUCGGUACAGCACUCUGAGAGCUGAUAACCUCGAAACCAUGCUCAACGGAGGCCUCGAGCGGUUCUACAAGAAGUACGACCACCUUUCUCGUAAGGUUAACAUCCAGCUACCCACGCCUGAAGUUCGCUUCGAGAACCUCUCCUUCACUGUGCAAGUACCCGUGUCCGAGGAGGACCACGGUACUGUGGGCUCUCACUUACGGGGUAUCUUCACGCCCUGGAAGAGACCGGCUAUGGCCACCAAGCACGCACUGCACCCCAUGAGCGGCAUCAUCAAGCCCGGUACAUUGACUUUGAUCCUGGCCAACCCUGGCGCAGGCAAGUCGACGUUCCUCAAGGCUCUGGCUGGGAAACUCCAAAACUCGUCCAAGACCAAACUCGGAGGACAAAUUCUGUACUCUGGACUCAAAGGAGACGAGAUUGACCUCAUCAAACUGGUCGGAAUGGUGGACCAGACGGAUAACCACAUCCCGACACUCACUGUCCGCGAGACGUUCAAAUUCGCCGAUAUGUGCGUGAAUGGACGUCCAGAGGACCAACCGGAAGAGAUGAGAGACAUCGCAGCGUUGAGAACCGAGCUGUUCCUGCAGAUCUUGGGCAUGGAAGAGUGUGCCGACACUGUGGUGGGUGACGCACUGCUACGUGGUGUGAGCGGAGGUGAGCGUAAGCGCGUCACUAUUGGCGAAGUGCUGGUCGGUGGUCAGAGUCUGUUCCUGUGUGACGAGAUCUCCACGGGUCUGGAUAGCGCUGCUACCUUCGAUAUCAUCAAGUCACUGCGCACCUGGUGCAAGACGCUCGGUGGCUCGGCGGUGAUUGCGCUACUGCAACCGACUCCCGAAGUGGUGGAGAUGUUCGACGACAUCUUGAUGGUCAAUGAAGGUCAUAUGAUGUACCAUGGCCCCAGGACAGAGAUUCUUGACUACUUUGAAGGUCAUGGAUUCACUUGUCCACCUCGUGUGGAUCCCGCGGAUUUCCUAAUCGAAGUGACGUCUGGAAGAGGCCACCGCUAUGCAAACGGCAGCAUUCCGAUCAAGGAUUUGGCUGUCACAUCGGAGGAUUUCAACAACCUCUUCUGCCAGUCGAGCAUCUACCGCAAGACCCACGAGGCCAUCAGCAAAGGCUUCAACGAGCACCAGUUCGAGAGUGCAGAGGACUUUAAGAAGGCCAAGAGUGUGGCCAACCUGGCCCGUUCCAAGGAGAAAUCCGAGUUCGGAUUGGCAUUUGUCCCCAGUACGAUGCUACUGCUGAACCGACAGAAGUUGGUGUGGAUUCGUGACCCUCCUUUGCUGUGGGGGAAACUGAUCGAAGCACUGAUUAUCGGCCUUGUCAUGGGCAUGAUCUACUUCGACGUGAGCUCGACGUACUACCUGCGUAUGAUUUUCUUCAGUAUCGCUCUAUUCCAACGUCAAGCGUGGCAGCAGAUCACCAUCUCGUUCCAGCUCCGUAAGGUUUUCUACAAGCAGCGACCACGUAACUUCUUCCGAACGUCUUCGUACGCCAUUGCUGAGAGUGUCGUACAGAUUCCCGUGAAUAUGGCUGUCUCGUUCGUGUUGGGCACGUUUUUCUACUUCAUGAGUGGCUUGACACGGACGUUCGAGAAGUACAUUGUGUUCUACCUGGUGCUCUUGGCCUUCCAACAUGCCAUCAGCGCCUACAUGACUCUGCUGAGCUCUCUAUCCCCAAGUAUCACGAUAGGUCAGGCACUUGCUGCUAUCUCCGUGAGCUUCUUCCUCUUGUUCUCGGGUAACAUCAUCCUGGCCGACCUGAUUCCGGACUACUGGAUCUGGAUGUACUGGUUCUCCCCGAUCUCGUGGGCUUUGAGAUCCAAUAUGCUGUCGGAGUUCUCGAGCGACCGCUACACUGAUGCCCAGAGCAAAGCACAACUGGAAAGCUUCUCAAUUACUCAAGGCACGGGCUACAUCUGGUUCGGUGUUGCUGUGCUCGUCGUGUACUACUUCGCGUUCACGAGUUUCAACGCGUUGGCGCUGCACUACAUCCGCUACGAGAAGUUCAAAGGUGUGAGUGCCAAGGCCAUGCAAGAAGACGAAGCGCACAAUGUGUACGUCGAAGUAACUACGCCGACGACUGAACUGCAAGGGAUUGGAGCCGCAAAGGUAAAAGGAGGUGGUCUUCCGUUCACGCCUACGAAUCUGUGCAUCAAAGACUUGGACUACUACGUGACACUACCAUCGGGUGAGGAGCGACAGCUCUUGCGGAAGAUCACGGCUCACUUCGAGCCUGGUCGUAUGGUGGCACUAAUGGGGGCCACUGGAGCUGGCAAGACGACGUUGAUGGACGUGAUCGCUGGCCGUAAGACUGGUGGACGUAUCGUUGGUGAUAUCUACGUGAAUGGGGAGUUGAAAGACCCGGCGAUCUUCAGUCGCAUCACGGCGUACUGCGAGCAGAUGGAUAUCCACUCAGAAGCUGCGACGAUCUUUGAGGCGCUCGUGUUCUCGGCCAAACUGCGAAUGCCGCCGACGUUCACCGAGGAGGAGCGUAUGAAUCUGGUGCACGAGACGCUGGAGUUGUUGGAGCUGACAACGAUAGCCGGUGAAAUGGUAGGCAGUCUGUCGGUUGAGCAGAAGAAACGCGUGACAAUUGGGGUCGAAGUGGUGGCCAACCCUAGCGUUCUGUUCCUCGAUGAGCCCACGAGCGGUCUGGAUGCUCGUUCAGCUCUGAUUGUGAUGCGUGGUGUGCAGUCGAUUGCUCGUACUGGUCGCACAGUGUUGUGUACGAUCCACCAGCCGAGUAUUUCCAUCUUUGAGCUGUUCGACGGACUGUUGUUGCUUCAGAAAGGUGGCUACACUGCGUACUUCGGUGAUCUCGGCGUGGACUCAGUCAAGAUGCUUGAGUACUUCGCCUCGAUCCCUGGUACAGAGGAGAUCCGACCGCAGUACAACCCUGCUACGUACAUGCUGGAGGUGAUUGGCGCUGGUAUCGGCCGCGACGUCAAGGACUAUUCUGUCGAGUACAAGAACAGCGAGUUGUGCGCCAAGAACCGUGAGCGUACACUGGAAUUGUGCGAGGUAUCGGAUGAUUUCGUACGCCACUCUACGCUAAACUACCGACCGAUUGCGACGGGCUUCUGGAACCAACUCCAGGAGCUCACGAAGAAGCAGCGACUCACAUACUGGCGCAAUCCUCAGUACAACUUCAUGCGUGUGUUCCUGUUUCCGAUCUUCGCCAUCAUCUUCGGCACGACCUUCUACCAGCUCUCAGCCGACAGUGUCAAGCGCAUCAACUCUCACAUCGGUCUCAUCUACAACAGUAUGGACUUUAUCGGCGUGACGAACCUCAUGACGGUGAUCGAAGUGACGUGUGCUGAGCGUGCCGUGUUUUACCGCGAACGCAUGUCCAACUACUACAGUCCGCUGCCCUACAGUCUGUCGCUGUGGUUCGCUGAGAUCCCGUAUCUCAUUGUAGUCAUCAUCCUCUUCGUGACGAUCGAGUACUGGCUGGUGGGCUGGAGUGACAACGCUGGCAACUUCCUCUUCUUCCUGCUCGUCUUCUACCUCUACACGUCGGCGUGUACCUACAUCGGUCAGUGGAUGUCUGCUCUGAUGCCGAACGAGAAGGUGGCGAAUGUGGCUGUGGGCGCUCUCUCGUGUCUAUUUAACUUGUUCUCGGGCUACCUGCUGCCACGUACGGCGAUGAAGGCUGGCUACAAGUGGUUCACGUAUCUGAUGCCGUCGAGUUAUUCUCUUGCGGCGCUGGUAGGCGUGCAGUUCGGUGACAACCACGAGAUCAUCACAGUCACGACGGGAAAUACGUCGACAGAUAUGACAGUGGCGCAGUACAUUGAGAACAUCUACGACUUCCGGCCGGAGCGCAAGUACAACUUCAUGGUCGGCCUCAUUGUCAUUUGGUUCGUCGUGCAGGUCGCCAUCUACCUCACGUUCAAGUACGUGAGCCACCUCAAGCGAUAAACUGAGAGGGAGAUCACUGCAGACGGAGAGUUUGCUGUGUUUUAUAUUCGUUGCGUAGUUUUGAAUUCACUGCAUCAUUUUUUCAGUUUUUUUGGUCUUGUACAAAUUCUAAAAGCUUAAGUUUAGAGCUACCAACUUCAAUGUCAAUCUCAAAGACGGUGCAUCGG